GUUAAUUUUGAUAAUUGUUUAGUACACUAUGAGUUUUAGUAUAAAAGGUUUUGAAAGAAUUUAAAAGAAUUUCAAGGAGUUCAGUUUGUAAAAGUUAAAAGUUGUAAUUUUACUAUGAUAUUGAUUAAAACAGCAAUAUUAUUGGUGUUUACCAUCGCAAGACUGGCAGCAUUGCCAACACAAAUACAAAAUUCUACUCUGUUGAAUAAUGCAGUUAAUUCUGAACAACCAUUUUCGAAUCAAAUUUCAAGUGAAUCAGAAAAUGUAGUCACUAAUUUUGAAAAUCAAUUGAAUCAAAACACUGAAUCUGAUAUCGACUCCACAAUAAUUGAUCAACUAGAAGCUUUACUUGGACCAAAUAAUUUAGGGGACACUUUUGAUAAUAAUGCAAAUCAAAUUGAUAUUUUGAAGAGUGAUGAUGAUAAAAUAAAUUCUACUCCAUUUGAAGAAUUGGCACAACUUGCUUCUUGUUACGGUUAUGGUUACGGUUAUCCAUAUUAUGGUUAUUAUGGUUAUCCCUAUUAUUAUGGCAGAUAAACACAUAAUAUAGUUUUGUAAAAUAUGUCAGGAAAAUGAGUUGUUAUUAUAAAUAAAGUAUUCUGAGAUAAAAAAUUCUUAUUAAAAAUCAAA